UUCUCUUUUAUAUUUCAGGACAAUGAAAGUACCUCUGGUUUAAGUCAAGCCAUGAAAAACCUCGAACUUGUUUCGUUCGACAGUAGCCCUUACGCUACAGAAAGUACCGGCAGCAGCAGCGGUAGUGCGAAUGAUUCAUCAAUCGAAAACCAAACGCUUCGUCGCUUAAAGCUGAAUGAAUUUCUAAGUGUAUGUGGCAGGGAAACUGUGAAUCAACCGAAAAAAAGUUGGGAGCAACUAAGCACGCGAACUAAAAAUGUUCGCGUAUCUAAAGCAAAAGAUGCUGUCGUUGCGUCGUUAGAGGUCAUUUCUCCUGGAAACCCGGCAGCCCUAUGGGAAGCAAUGAAAAGCUUACAGUCUGUAGAAAAAGCCUUGGGCACAGAAAAUCAAUCUCCGUUGGAUAAGAAGUACCUGGAAGCGUUAGCAGAGACCUAUCAGAAUGCAAGUAGUUGGGACACCCGCCGACAGGUGUUGUCAAUAAUGGCUGAUUUGACACCGUACUCUGUUUUGCAGCAAUUUAUUCCUGGCAUCACCGACUACAGAAUCAAAGUAGCUCGCCAACAUUCCAUCGAGCAUGGACGCGGUGUUCCCUUGCCUGCCGCCAAGAGCCCUAGACUCAGGGUAGACGAAAUCCAGCUCGAUCAUUUUUUAAGCUUCAUUACCAGUCCCCACGUGGUCCAAGAUCUACCGUUUGGCCAACGCUACCUGUACCUAUCAAACGGCAAGGUACUCGAAACACCUAAUGUGAUAAGGUCCAUGAUACCACAGCGCAUAAUUGAUCAGUAUAACCAGUUCUGCUUGGAGACGAAUUUUUCUCCGUUCAGCCCGUCCACAAUGUUACGAAUAUUGUCAUCGUGUACCGCUACAGUAAGAAAGUCACUUCAAGGACUAGACUACUUUGCCGCUGAAGGAGCAAAAGCCUUUACAGUCAAACCAAGUCAAGCGUACCCCCCAAGAUUCUAUCAGUGAAUUGAUUAUUUGAAAAAUGAAUCCAUUAGCCGUUCCCGUAACUGGCGUCAAAUUCAAAGCGGCAUUUCUGCAUGCGUAAUGAGCAUUGAAUAUUUUACGAGAACUUCUCUGUAUUUGGUCAGAUUGGAAAUCUUUGAAUGGAUUAAGCUUCUUAGAAGAAAUUUACAUCAAUUUCAGGAAAAUGGAGCUAGUAGAAAUUUCAUAACUGCCUCGCGUGUGAAUUCACGGCUCAUUACACAUACAAGAAUGCAGAGAUCAAUCUGAAAUCUACAACUAGCAAUAGAUUCAACUUUUGAAUAAUAAAUUCAUUAAUGCAUUCUUGGGGGGUACACUUGACCUGGUUUGACUGUAACGAUUUGCUAAAAUUAGUUGCAAGGACUGGAGACAGACAGUGGGUCGUUAGAUGCGAGCAAGCUCUGAAAGAGGGAAAACAGUAUUUGAAAACCGACUACAAGGUAGAUAUUUUAGAACCAUUCAUAAUAUAAACACUGAAAGGGUAAUCACAUAAAAGAAAUAAAUAUGCAAAGGCGAUCAGUUGAACCCUUAAAAAUUAUUGUAGCUAUGCCUACCUUUUAUGCUUAGUUACCCCUUUUAUACUAUUAAAUAAAUUUAAUUGUAUGACCGCAGUAAAAGAUGUGUGAUAAAUCGUGUCUAGUUCUUUGGCCAAUCAUAGGUUGAUGAUUUCUUCUUUAAGAUGUCGAAUUCAAAAUUUACCCAGAAAUUUCAAAAACACAAUGAAGAAAUUCUUCUUUGUAGAUAUAGCUCAUUAUUUUUGUUCUGACUACUUUCUCGCAGGUUCAUAUCACCAGAGCAUCCAGUAUCCCCGACCACUGUAGUGCGUACGCCCUAACUGAUACAAAAGAAGAGUGUCUUCGAGAAAUGUGUGACCACGCCCACGACAAGAGUUGUCCCUUUUGUGAUCGGCUGAAAGACACUUUAAAAGAAAUUGAGUUGAAUUUGAUCGAAGCGAACCUGGAUGAAGAAGACCGGGAUGACGUCAUGUACUCGUUUCAGCAAGCUUAUACAGCAAUAGAAGCUUGGAAGGCUCAUCAACUGAGAUCUAUUCAACAGGAUAAGGCCCGCUUAAACAUCAUAGAUACCCUGGCAGAAAGUUCAGUGUUAAUCACUCAAGACUGGGCGAUGAAAUUCUUGCCCCGAAAGUACCGGGAAACCCAAGCCGACUGGUUUGCUAAAAGAGGAAUCUCUUGGCAUAUCAGUACCGUCGUACGUCGAAAGGGAAACCUGCAACACCAAGCAUUUGUCCACAUUGCGAAGAAUUGUAACCAAGACAGUGACGCGGUGGUAAGCGUUUUACGCCACACCUUGCAGCAGCUCAAAAUUGACCAUCCUGAAACAACAACUGCCUUUCUCCGCCAGGACAAUGCUGGAUGUUAUCACAGUGUAGCCAUGUUAGCUGCCUGUGGACUUAUGGAGAAAGCAACGGGAAUUAAAGUAGAAAGAGUUGAUUUUAGCGACCCGCAAGGCGGUAAGGGGCCCUGUGACAGAAAGGCGGCCACAAUUAAAGCUCACGUUUUAAGGUAUCUCAACGAAGGUCACGAUGUGGUCACUGCAGAAGACUUCCGAGAUGCAAUGCUCUCUCAUGGUGGUGUUAGAGGUGUUCGGGUGGCUUUGAUCGACAUGUCCAUCGUGCGUCCAACGUCUCUGCGUGGGAAAUUAGAGGGAGUUAGCAGCCUUAACAACUUCUAUCUGGGAGACCGAGAGCUCACAGCGUGGAAAGCAUUUGACGUGGGUAAAGGAAAGAAAGUACCAUGGACACAACUGGAAGGUCAGACAUCUUAGAAGCUAUAGAUAACUAACUCAUAAUUUGGGCACUAGUUUUGUUAUAACGUAGCGUAACUGAAUAGACAUCAAUGCGAACUACAAGAGAUAGCUGCAACGCUGUUAAUUUUAAAGUAGGUUGAGAACUGUUGUAAUUUCAGCAUGCCCAUUCACUAGGCUUAAAAAGGUAACUACACAAUACUUUUGAAGUAACGUUUGUUUUAGUGAGAUUGAGCAUCCAUAAUCCGCUACUGAAGUUUUUUGAUAAAAAAUUCUGAAGGCCUUUCUCUUUUAAUAUUUUUUUCUUUCGUUAUUUAGUUGAAAUAGGCCCGCUAGAGGAACCAGUUUUCACACAUUGUUCAUUUUCCCAAGGAGACUUUCAAGAUGUCUCUUCAUGUGACAACGCCCAGGCCUCUAAUAAUAGAAAGGAAGAGUCGCCGACAAAAGAGGAAAGUGUUGUUUCCGCUGACCACGAAAGCCCGCUCUUUUAUUGUCCAGUGGAGGGAUGCGUAAGCACCUUUCAGCGCCACUAUAAUCUUGAGCGCCACUUGCAUUAUGAAAAAUGCCAGUUUCUCGAGGAGAAACACAGCCUCUUAGACAAGGCGAAGAUGAUGUACUUCGAAAAACUCGAAGAAGGUGCCAGUGCACAGCCUUUUGUAGCGGGCUCAGUUGUGGUAGAAAAGAGGGCGGGGCAUCUGCUAUCACCGGGUUGGGCCCUACGUUCAACUAAAAAAAGUUCUAGAUUCAAUUUCAAGCAGAAGAAUUACUUAAACGAAAAGUUUAAGAUCGGUGAACAAACUGGACAUAAAACAGACCCGGAAGACGUGGCUAGAGAUAUGAGGCACGCAAAAGAAGAAGAUGGCAGCCGCAUGUUCACACCAGCUGAAUUCCUUUCACCUCAGCAAAUUAAAUCCUAUUUUUCAAGAGCUGCAGCGAAGUUACGUCAGUCCGAAAGUUGCGAUGAUGCUGAUGAGUGCGAUGUUCAAGCCGUUGAAGAGGAAGAUGUAUACUCUUCUGUGCGCACUCAUAUAAUCCAGGAAUGCCAGCUUGUUCAUCCAGUCAUGUAUGACACGUACAAUCUGUGUGAAAUGUGCGAACAAAGGAAACUGACCAAGCUCAGCGUGUCAAUGUUGCGUUUAAUAUGCUGUUAUUUUGAUCUGAAGUGCGAAGGUGUUUCACUGAAACGUAAAGCACCUUACGUAAAAUUGAUUGAGGACCUUGUAAAAUCGUGCUCCUGCAACUAA